UGUCCAUCUUUAACAUUUAGUUUUUCAUCGCAGGCACUUCCUAAUCAACAAACUGUCGACUAUCCGAGCUUCAAGCUUGUCAUCGUCGGCGAUGGCGGCACAGGUAAAACAACUUUUGUUAAACGCCAUCUCACUGGAGAAUUCGAGAAGAAAUACGAACCGACUAUUGGUGUGGAAGUUCAUCCAUUGGAUUUCACCACGAAUUGUGGCAAGAUAAGGUUCUACUGCUGGGACACUGCCGGCCAAGAGAAAUUCGGAGGUCUAAGAGAUGGUUACUAUAUUCAUGGACAAUGUGCAAUCAUAAUGUUUGAUGUUACUGCACGACUGACUUACAAAAAUGUUCCUACAUGGCAUCGGGAUCUUUGCAGGGUUUGUGAGAAUAUCCCGAUUGUUCUUUGUGGAAACAAAGUUGAUGUCAAGAAUAGACAGGUCAAGGCAAAGCAGGUUACCUUCCACAGAAAGAAAAAUCUUCAAUACUAUGAGAUUUCUGCAAAGAGUAACUACAACUUUGAGAAGCCUUACUUAUAUCUUGCUAGGAAGCUUUCAGGUGAUCCGAAUCUUCACUUUGUUGGGGAAAUUGCUCUGGCGCCUCCAGAAGUUGCUAUUGACAUGGCUGCACAACAACAGCAUGAAGCUGAGUUGAUUAAUGCUUCCGCACAGCCUUUACCAGAUGAUGAUGAUGAUCUGUUUGAUUAGAAGAAAUCUUCUGAACGGGCUUUUCCUCUUUUGGCCUGCCUCUUCUUACUUAAUGAAUGGGAUCCUUCUUCUGUGAGCACGCCUUACCUUCUUCAUAAGAGUGGGCUCAAUUUAUCUUUGACUACAGCAAUUUGGUUUGAUUCUUGUUCGUUUGUAUAAACUGCUAUGCUGCUAUUUCCAUAAAAAGUCAUCAUCAGUUAAAUGUCUUUUAA